ACAAUGGUGUAUGAUUCGGUAUAGCACAAAUCUGAGCUCAACAUCAUAAGACACUCCAUCGGUGGUGUUGAAGAAGCUUUGGGUCGAUUGGAUGAGAUAGCAACCCUGGGCAAUGGCAUUGGUAUCAUUGGGAAACAUAAAACAAAAUCCAACCCCAAUUGACUUCUAUUCUACAAAACCCAGUUUCUGAAACCUUGCAGUACCAUUUAAUAGCAUUUUCAAGAGAUUGACCCUUUGUUGAUGUUACAUCCAAUGCAUCCUAAGGUAUCAUUAAAGAAAAAAUGACAAAUUCUGUAACUUUCGUAUAAUCUUAUCUAAUUCCAAUUAUGUCGAACAUGUUUUAAGAUUUAUAAACCCAUCUAUGUAUUUCUUGUUUUUCGCUCUUCUUGAGAAACUCACAAUUAUUCUGGAAUUAUAAGGACUAAGAUGAUUGUGUGAAUUUAUGAAUCUUGUUGAUUAUGUUGUACAAGUGCGUUUGAACAACGAGUUUCUUAUCUUCCUUUUCUUGUUUAGAAAUCAUAUGGCUUACUGAUAAUGACAAAUUCACCUCACUUAACUGCGACAUAAUAUGUUAAAACAUGUUUCUUAAGUAGAAAAUUUGGACCCCAGUUUGACCUUUAUUCCCAAGAUUCCUCUAUAAAUUCUCCCCAACCUGCUUCUGUUCCAUUAAGUCAUCAGUUAUUAUCCACCACCGUCACCUCCGCCACUGCCACUGCGGGAAACUUACAAAAGGAGUUCCUUUUAGUCUCUCUCUGGUUGCAAAGGAAAAAAACAUGGGAUUCUUAAAGUGUGUACUAGGUGUAUUUCUUGUUGUUUCUAUGGUUUUGUCUGUUAUUGGAGAUCCUUUAGUUCCUGCAUUAUGCAUUUUUGGGGACUCUGUUGUUGAUGUGGGAAAUAAUAAUAAUUUGCAAACACUUAUAAAGGCCAACUUCCCUCCUUAUGGAAGAGACUUUGUUACACAUAAUCCUACUGGAAGGUUCUGCAAUGGAAAGCUUGCCACAGAUUUCACUGCUGAGUUCCUAGGAUUCACUUCAUACCCACCUGCUUAUUUUAGCCAAGAAGCUAAAGGAACAAACAUCCUUAAUGGUGUCAACUUUGCUUCAGCUGCAUCUGGUUAUUAUGACAGAACAGCCCAGCUUUAUAGGGCUGUAACAUUAACACAGCAGCUAUCAUAUUACACAGAGUGGCAAAGCAAAGUAGUGAGUUUGGUGGGGAAGGCCAAAGCUAAUGCUAUAUUCUUAGGAGGAAUUCAUCUUAUAAGUGCAGGAAGCAGUGAUUUUAUCCAGAAUUAUUACAUCAAUCCAAUGCUUAACAAAGCCUACUCACCAGAUCAGUUCUCAGAUAUUCUCUUGCAAUCCUACUAUACCCUCGUACAGGAUUUGUAUGCUCUGGGGGUAAGGAGAAUUGGAGUUACAACUCUACCACCAACUGGAUGUUUGCCAGCAGCCAUUACUCUAUUUGGUUCAGGAAGCAACCAGUGUGUUUCAAGAUUGAACCAAGAUGCUGUUUCAUUCAACAACAAACUUAACAGCACGUCCCAAAAUUUGAAGAGCAAACUUCCUGGACUCAAACUUGUGGUCUUUGACAUUUACAAUCCUCUGUUAGAGCUUAUUGCAAAGCCCAUUGAUAACGGAUUUUUUGAAUCAAGGAGGGCUUGUUGUGGGACUGGUACGAUUGAGACAUCAUUUCUGUGCAAUGAAAGAUCUGUUGGGACAUGCUCAAAUGCUACGCAGUAUGUGUUCUGGGAUGGAUUCCACCCCUCUGAAUCCGCUAAUGAAAAGUUGGCCCAAAGUUUACUGGAACAGGGGUUUGAUCUCAUCUCUUGAAGCCACCCAUAGUUGCACUAAUUCUCUGUUGACCAGUUUUAUGAUUACUCAUAUAUUACAUGUAUUAGGGCUACAAAUGUUUUUGUUUCCUAAAUUUGAUUAUCAUGUUUAAGAAAUUCUAUCUUAUGUAACAAACUGGCUUUUAUCUUUGGGUUGAUUGUAAAAUAAAAUUACAAGCGAGUUAGUUUUU